CUUCAGAGACUCACUGAAAUCUUAAAAAAUAUGUUUCCUGUGAUAGAUUAUUUUAUUGGGACAUUGUGCACUGUAAACAAUAGUGAAAAAUACUUACAGGAUCGUGAUUUAAACAUUGACAGCACCUGAGCCAAAUUGCACAGAUCCGUUUAUUGAGGAGCAUCACUUAUUGAAAAGUCACUAGUUUUUUAAAGCCGUUGUUUACAUGCAGCGACUCUUGUUUGAAAACAUAUAUUAUUUUGAUGACAGUGAAAGCAUAACAAGGAAGCAGCCCGGAUAAUCCCCUCAAGACAAUAAAAUCAAAGAAACACCUACCGGAUAAGUGAGAAAUCCAUAAAAAGAGCUUCGGUUGCAAUUAAUGGACUUAGACGGGGCCAAUGAGCGAAACGGCGAGACACCGCUGAGGGACUAUGUGGAUUCGGUUAUGGAGAUACCCAGACUGUUUGCUGUGCUGCUGAUAGUAUUGGGGUGGAUCAGUCCAGGGCUGCCCUCUCCUUUGUGGCCCAUCUGUGACCUCCGCGCUCUCGACCACUUUGUCAAGAAGGCACAGGAGGCUGAGGCCGCCAUGAGGAGCUGUAAGGAAUGCAGCUUCACUACGCCAUUCACUGUCCCUCAGCCCAGCGUGGACUACAACGCCUGGAGAAAGAAGGAUUCAGAGCAGCAGGCCCUUGAGGUGCAAACAGGACUAUGGCUGUUGUCUCAGGCCCUGCUAUCCCUGAAGACCUCAGUCAGCAACACAGCACUACACUCCCACAUAGACAACAAUCUGGGCAACAUCGUCAGCAUCGGACAGGUGCUGCGCAGUCUCAGCUUCCCGGACUACACUCCCCCCGAGACAGCUUCAGUCACCACGGACACGUGGCGCGUGACCUCGGCUUCUGCCCUCUUCCAGGUCCAGUUCAACUUCCUCCGAGGGAAGGUCCGGCUCCUGAUGUCCCACGCGCCUGUAUGCCAACAAGCUGUCAGCUGAUUGGGUGUCAGCCUGGACAGGGGUCUGUUGAUUGGAGCAGCCCUGUGUCAAAGGGGUGGUACGUGGGACCAAGGAGGCUGCUGGUUGGAGAGGACUAAGGGAGAUUUUAUCUGCUUAGGGUCAUGGACGGACAUUUUGUAACCAUGGGACAUAUGCCUCUAUGGUGUGAAGAGGGUGUCACAAGGGGAUGGAGGAGAUGACUGAAGCACUUUGUGUGCGUUUAAGACGUAAAAGGGAAUGCUGGAAUCCUGCCUCCUUAAGUGAAAUACAUGCUACAAUCCUUAGGUCUACUGAGCG